AUAUACAAUUUUAAAAAUUCGGUUAUACAAGCAAUGAAGCAAGCUUCAUUCAUCGCCACCUGUGUCUUCAACGCCUUCUUCGGUUUUACCGCCAUAACGCUUAACAUUGUAACAAUACACGCUCUGAGAAAACCAUUGACGAUACCAAGAGCUGUAAAAACAUUACUGCUGAGUCAGGCAGUAUCUGAUCUUGGUGUUGGGUUACUGGUUCAACCUUUGUACGUUGCAUUCCUUGUCAUGAUGAUAAAAGAAAACACUCAAACUCGAACUUUUGAGAUUAUGAAUGACCUUUACGGAAACAUAGGGAAUUUUUUUACUUUCGCCUCGUUCUUUGGCGUUGUUGCUUUAGCUACAGACAGAUUCCUGGCCAUUCAUCUCCAUCUGAGAUACCAGGAACUCGUAACUCACAAGCGCGUUGUUACUGUAGUGAUCUCGACUUGGAUCUUAAGUGCGAUUGUGAUGUUGCUUUUGGGAUGGAUCUCGUCAGAUGUCGUCACGAUUAUUUUUUUAACUGUUGAUGGUGUUUGUUACCUAACAACAGCCUUGUUUUAUUUCAAGAUUUACUCAGCCGUACGUUACCACAGUAAUCAAAUGCAAGUCUUGGAAGAACAGUUAGCACAGAACAAUGGGGGAGAUAUGGAAAAUGCUGCUAGAGAGAGAAAGGCUGCAGUUGAUACAUUCUACGUCUUUCUUGUGUUUCUGAUUUGUUAUCUGCCAAACAUGUGUUACUGGAUUAUCCAAACAAGCACCGGACCAAGUACGGUGUUAUGGCACUUUGGACUUCAUUCUAACACGCUGAUGCUCCUCAAUUCAUCUCUCAAUCCCCUGAUCUACUCCUGGAAGAUGAGACCUGUUCGACAUGCUGUCAUGGAAAUACUGAGAAACAUAUUACCAAAUCUACACCAGUGA